UUCAAGCAUUGUUCCAUCUCUCCCUCUCGUAUUCUGUAGCUGGGCCAGUCAGGCCUGGGGCAGUGUGUAAGGGAGAGCAGUCCCCGCCGUCUCAGCUUCUCUCCAGGCCAGACGAGGCUUUAAUCUACAAGCAGGCAGGCACUGUCAGAGCUAGGAGCAACUCUCUCUCUUUCUCUCUCUCUCACACACACGCACUUAUGUACACAUGCGUUGACACACGCACUUCAGCGUCUAACAACAAAAUAGCUGACUUUACAACAAAGCUGGAGAAAUGAGAGUGAGGUGAACAGAGAGGAGAGGUGACAGCACAAUGUCAGGAGAACACUGAGAGCAACUCUACUGCGAACAAGCCACAGGACAGAAGAAACAGGAACGAGUGAAGACAAAUGCAAUGCAGUAGAGGAGAAACCGAAGACCUUUUCUUUACAGAUAGAGAGCAGAGCAAAUUGUUUUCUAUCGCUCUGGUCUACGGUCCAAUAUCCUGAGAUUUGUGACUUCCCUGGCGGACCCAUGGACAGAGUCCUGUGGAGAUGCUACUCGGUGAGACGCCAGUGUUGAUCUCUCUUUAUCACAGCCUACGUCUGGCUAUCUCCCUAAAGACUCAUCACUGACGCAUUUAAAACAGCCGCUGCAUUCCUCCACCAUGCCCCUGUUCAGCUGGAUGAAAUGGUUGCGUGCUGAAGGAGAACAGGCUCAGGCUGACGGUGUGCCCACUACGCCCACAGGGGUAUCCCCAGGCUACACGCUGAUCAGGGAGCUGAUGUGGCAUGUGGAGGAGAGGGAGCGCCUGGCACGGGAGGUGGAGCAGGAACACAGACUGGCCCACAACACUGCAGGAUAUCCCAGCCGGCUCCAGAGCUACCCCAGUUUACGCGCGCUGAUUCCCGCAUCGGAGCGCCGACAGUUAGAGCGUUUGUGUGCCCAGAUCCAGCCUAUGCACACGGCCAUGGUGCUCUCCAGGUUCCGUGAGGUGCUGGCCACAAACAACAUCCCGCCCUGGGAGCUGGUUUACAUCUUCAAGCAGGUGCUAGGGGACUUCCUCACCAAAGACGAAGGGGAGGAAGAGGAAGAAAACUCACUGCAGCCAGCACUUCGAGGGCAAAUGGAGGCCUGGACCAACCGAUACCAAAUAAAGCAGAGCUUUGUCACACCUACCGUGCCCGACUGUGGUGAGCCACAGAGAAGAGAGAUCCCAACUAUCUCUGGCUAUAUCGACCGCACCAUGAGAGGCCUGUGUCCUUUCUCUAUCCAUAGAGACUGGGACCUCCCCUACUACUACCCAGUGUGGCAAUCCGCCACCGAAGCAUACAGCACCACACUGUGAGAAGGUGCCGUGGUAAACUUGUGCCCAACUCAAAACAUUGUACCUGCUAUCCUUUCUAAAAGCAAAAAAAUAAUAAUCAUAAAAAACUAAAAAUGUAUUAAUUUCAAAGAAUCAACUGCAACAAUUUUCCAAACACUUUGGGGGAGCAUAUUCACAAGUGAAACAAUGGAUACUGCUACCUAGCUGGAAUAGGGGGAUCACCUGAAAACGUUUUACAUUUAUAUUGCUAGUUUCUACAAUGGAUAACCACUGACCGCCAAGGAGCCUGAUACCCCACUGGAUGUAUACAUCUGAAGCAUCAGGUUGUCAUUUCCACUCCCCGUAGGGAGAGAAAGCGUGGUGGCCAGGCAGAGGAAGGAUUUGGAGCACUUAGAAAAAUUAUCAAAAUAGUUUUUAGUUGCCAAAAAUACAGUAUGUCAAAGUGGGCAACACUUUAUACUUGAUUUUUAAAAAGUGCAUUGUUUAGGAGGCAAAUUGAGAUACUAGGUACACACAUUGCAAAGUAGGCUUUUCUUAACAAUAACGUUUGAACUUGCCAAUAUAGUUCAAAGGUUUGUGCUUGGCUCGACUCACGUCUUUUCCUAAGGCUCACGUCUUCGCUAGCCUCCCAUUGGACACAAAACAGCUUCCGGGCUAAUUUGUUCAAAUUCAAAUAUUUGGGAGGUGGCCAAGUAGUUAUUGCCAUUGCUUCAGGUGUACAUGUACUGCUGCAGCAUGGGUUCGAAUUUGGACCACUGUUCUCAAAAACCCUCUCACUCUAAUAAAGAAUAGAAUUCCUGAAAAUAUAAAUAUGCUUACAUAACCUGCUACUUAAUUUGCACUGGUUUUAGAAGUAACUUAGGAGUUACUUUGCUAGUUAGCUAGCUAUGUUAGUUAAUAUUUCUAUUAAUUAAUUGGAAAGCUAUGUAGUGUUUUUUUUUUUUUUUGGAACAUAGGGAAAGGGGACAUUUGUCAAGUUGGACCAACCAAGAUUUUAGGGUUAAUACUUUUCAGGUAGCCUAGAAAAUACGUUUACAUUACCAGUUUGGGAAUUCAACACGCAAGCUUUCGGUUACUCUUUACAUUCUCAGCUAGGUUACCUGAGACCAUUAUAAUCGUUCGCCAAACCAACAGCAACUCAACCUUGAGUCACCAGAUCCGAGCAAACAGGUUACUUGUUUAUAGGCUUCGAAUGAGUAAUCAAACCUGAUAGGCGGCUGUCCAUGUUUUACAGUACAUGCCCAAUAUUUUAGUCGUUCAUCAAAGUAAACAAAUUCAUCUUUAUUUGACUGUGGAACACAUUGUAUUGUGGAUAGACAUGAAUUCUCGCGAUUUGUAGACUCCUCUCGCCGUUUCUAUACCACACACAUGUACUUGCCGUGCACUAUUUUAUGGUCAUAACGUUAAUAGUGUAACCAUUUCUGCACUGAACUGUCAAAUUUUUGGGUUUGUCUUUCAAAAGAAACUUUACAGUACUACAUUACAAAAACGUAUUCAAGUAAAAACGGUAUAAUUAUUCAACUGUCUAUGGGUCCACACCAAAAACCCUAAAUAAACAAAUCAGACAAAUGUAGUUACAAUAAAACACAGUACAUGCAAGUAUUGUAAUUAGCUAGUACAAAAGCAUUCACACAUUUCCAGUUGUACAAUACAAUAACAUUCAACUGUUGUUUGCUAGUUAGCUACCUAAGCUCUCAACAAUGAACAUAUCCGAGUUAGGGAACACUCCCAACUCCAUCACCAAUUUUGCUAGUUAGCAUUAGCUAGUUGCUCCGCCAACAGAGCUUACCUCGGUAUUGAUGACUCCGACUUUUCUUUUGGCGCUUCAUCUGUGAUUCUAAUGUUAGCAAAUUGAGUCCCUAAUGUAAACCAUUCCGUUAUCUGUUCUGCAGUUAUUGCUUUCUUCAUGUUUAAAACUAACGUUAAAGAUUACAAGAGCGCUGGUAUGUACACUGCAACUGUGCAAAGGCGACACAGAACUGUUUAAAUUGGUUCAAAGGCACGUGACAUUACACCUGCAGGGGAGUGUGGGACUGAAUCCAACAUCUAUUUGCAUGCUCGAUCUGUCGUAAAUAUGUAAUUUGAAUGCAAACAUCAGAAAAAAACAAGUUUUUAUUCGAUUAUCCAAUAAACGUAAAUCAUGUAACAAAGAGUUUAUUAGAUUAGAGUAGCAGCAGACAGAGCACCAAGAAAUGACUUCCACGCUAACCUAUUCUCAGCACAAAUCUGAAACGUAAAAUUAAUAAAAACAACACGAGACAAACAAUGCUCCAAAAGACAGGAUAAGACGUAGGCAUGUUGAAACACAGCGUAGAAAACAAAUUCGCCAUUAAGAGUUCUGGUUAAAGUACACAAUUAAGUACAUGAACCUGGGAGGCUGCAGUAGCUGCAGGUGAGAAUAAGUAGCCUCUGGUUCCACCUGCAGAGAGGUAGUGGCAAUAUCGUUCUGUUCAGGAGAGGUGUUCCCAGUUAACAUGAAAUGUUCAGCCGCCAAAAACUGCCCAAGCAUUCCAGCUUCAAGCAUUUUCACUCACGCAAACUCAUUUCCGAUCUGAGUUUUUCGUUUUCCUUUAAUAGAAAAAAGUGGGUUACUUAUAUUUUACAAAUACAAUGAAAUGGGACAUGUGACGUGCUGAAAUUAUUAUUACCUCUUGAAGUUUGGUGUUCUCCUUUUUCAGCUUGACCAGGUACUCAAUCCUCUGCUUAUGGUUCUUAUGCCCCACAAGCUUACCAUUCUCUUCAGACAGGUGGUCAACCUGCUUACGAAGAACUUCCACUUCCUGUAGGGAAACAUUACUGCCAGUUUCAGAAAAAUUCUGACUUUUACUCAAACUAUCAUUCAUUACAAAUCAGAUGUUUUUGUAAUUAUGGAUGGGGAGCCUUGGAGUCCAUGGGUUCCCUAAUCAAAGUAUUCCAACACACAAUCAAAGAAAUUUGUAUUUAAGCAGAGAGCUUUUCAAGAGCAGAAAUAUGUUAUGUUUUCUUUAGUUAAAACUGACCACCAAAGAACUGUCAGUUAUGGAUAUGAUAUAGUGAGAUAUUUGAAUGAAGUGCAAUUGUGGCAAAACUUUUGGCCAUGACUGUAUAUAUUUGAAACAAAACCCAUCUGUGUUAUCUAGACUGUAAUCACAUUUAUGGUUUAUGUUUCUUAUGUUGCAAAGGGAAUCGCAGCCAACACCUUGAGAUUAAGAUUUAGAAUAACAAAUUGUAUUUGCACAUUCUGCUUGUUGUCCCAAGUUUUUAAAUGUUUUUUUAAAUAUAAAAAAGUCCACAUCAUUAUGUAUAAUUGUAUG